AUUUUUUUCCUGUCCAGAAUUGAGUCAGUUGUCAACAGGCUACGCGAGACAAGGAACAGUCGGACGGUCCACUAAAAGGACACUUUUGUACACAUUGUCGUGUUGGAGGGAAUUAAGUGGAUUCUUUUAGAUGCUCUGGGGUUCUCCCCCCCCCCCCCGACGGAUCCAAAUAAAGUUGCCUUCCCACGAAUCCUCCCCGGAAUAUGGUGUGAAAGGAGGCUGCGCCGUGGGGGAUGAUGUGUGUUCUUCGCUGGAUUGAAUGGCACUGAGAAUGCACAGUAAGCACUUUGCCAGUAAAUGUAAACUCAUUAUCGAUCUCUGUCAAGAGCUACAAAAGGCCCACAUGAGGACAAAGUCCAGGUAGAGCAAGGGAGAGCGAGAGAGGAAGGAUAUAGUUGAGAAGGAGCCAGGACCAUACAAGCGAAGCCUUGCUGGAACCCACAAUGGGGGCGCUGGUGCCUAUCUCAGCUACAACCGGGCGGAAGGCGGGGUACCCUGGACAAGUCGCCACCUCAUCACAGACAUAAACAAAGGGGAAGGACUGCAAUGACUCGCCAGCCCCCUAACCAUGCAGACAUCACUUACUCUACAGACAAAGAGCCCCCUGUGUUGGCCCCCAAGCUCCAAGUCCAGAGAUCAGAUUCAAAUCAGACAAUUACUAUUCACUUUUCAGCUAUUGGGAAGGAGGAAGAGGAUGAGGAGGAAGAACCGUACUCAACAUCUGUCUCCUCCACAUCUACCGCUCAAGAUGAAUCAAAUGUUGUGACAGCCAUUGAGGCAAGUGAGGAGAUGUUUGAAGCAGCACAAUUGAACUCUUCAGCCGAGGAUGCACUGAUACCCAAAUUUCUUGGACAUUCUCCACUUUGUACUUCUCUAGAAAACAGUUCAACGAAAACUUCAUUACCACAAAAGGGCUCCAAGUCUAAUUCAACACCAACUAAAUCUUUGAGUUUUCCUCCUAGCGACAAGCCCGUUUCGAAUAUGGUUAAAUCCUUGUCCUCUGAAAUUGAGUCCAAGGAUGGAGGCCCUUCUUUUACUGCCCCCACAGUAAGACAUAAACAUCUAAUGAAAUCACUGGUGAAAUCCUUAUCUUUAGACACACCCCAGGACUCAUCCACACUCUCCCGCCUUUCAGAGACUCGCCUGAAUCUGCAAAUGUUCAAACAAUUCACUCAGUCACGGUUGCAGACUGCUUCAGCUGCGGCAUCAGCUGAUGACUUAAAAACUGCUCCUCCAUCUGUAUCGACCUCACCAGAUAGCCGCAGCUUCUUUAACGUCUCUGAGGUCGAAGCACGAUUUGAAGACACUAAGCGCCGUCUGUCCGAGGCCAUCUAUGAACCACUUCAAAUCCUGAGUAAGAUCAUUGAUGAAAAGAGCAGUAGCAGCAGUCUCAGUAGACCAAAGGCUCUGUCUGCUAGUGCCUCUGAGCCCUAUAACCUGACAUCUGCCAUUGGGCCCCUGGAAAGCAACAACAACUGCAUUAAGGAAGAAGAUGGCACUGACGUGGAGGGUGAAAGCCUAAAUAGUGGAACCUCUGGCCUGGCUGAAUCUCAUGUGGCACUUCCUUCCGACACGAAGAGCCCAAAUAAAUCAUCAUCAUUACCCAUAUCUUUGGAUAAUUGUUCCAUGUCGGCGCUUGCUAAACAGGAGGACGAGGAGUUUUGUAUUUUGUACAGUGAGGAUUUUGAAAGUUACACUGACACUGACCUAGGAACUGGUAAUCAAACUAAAGUGCCUUUAAGUCGUAGUACUGAAUCAUCCGGCGAGAUUGAAUCAGAAAGUAUUGUACAAGCACCGAGUGUUCCACACUAUACUCUUUCCAUCCUUACAAUACUGGUUUAUGGGUAUUUUAUAUUGCCCUUGCCGGACUACAUUGGAGGAAUACUGCUUGGAGUGGCAUUUGGAUUCUUUGUUGCCAUUGGAGUUGUGUGGCUGACAGGACCAAAACCUUCCAACGGGUUCCUCCGGCUUUCCAAACGUCAUAAAAAAUGGUGGAAUCUCACAAAGUUGGACAUUGAAGAACCUGCAAUCUUCAGGGGUUGGAUGAACGAGAUGAUAAACUACGACCCUGAAACCUACCAUGCCACAUUGACGCACUCUGUGUAUGUUCGCCUGGAGGGCUCCAUCAUUCGCCUUUCCAAACCAAACCACAAUAUUGCACGGCGUGCCACACACAGCGAGUCAAAACCUGAUGUCACGUACAUCAGUCAGAAGAUUUACGAUUUAACUAAUAGCAAAGUAUGUCUCGUGCCUCACGGCCUGGCCAGGAAAAGAAUAUGGAACAAAAAGUACCCCAUCUGUAUUAAGCUUGGAAAACAAGAUGAUUUCAUAUCCAAGGCUGAAGGGGAGGCCAGCGAGGGCUUUACAGCAAAGAACAAAAGUGAAGGAACAGGAGGCGCUCCAGAGCCAGCCCGCUCAACCUCUUCAAAUAGAGACCUAACUCUCUAUCUGUUUGGAAGAACUGGGAGAGAGAAGGAGGAGUGGUUCCAGAGGUUUAUUUCAGCUUCAAAUCUCAAGGAGGAUUUGAAAAAAGUUGCAAAUCCUGCAGCGACUCAAAGUGCUCCGAGCUCUCCCAGUUGCGGCAGUAGCCGUAGCAGUCUGGAUGAUACCCGGGUACCUAUGACGAAAGACUCCCCAACCGCAGACAGUGACAAGGCCAAGCUGUUGGACUAUAGUGUUUACAUGGCUUCAUUAUUGACAAAACAAGAAGCAGCCACCUCCCCUGUUAGCAACUCUGAGCAUUGCAGUCCCCAGAGCAGCCCCGGAACCGACAAAAAGCUUCAAAGUUCCAGCUCAGUGCACAAGCAGCUCAAGGAGGAAGAGGAUCCAGUUGCCUGGGUGAACGCAGCUCUCGGUCGAGUCCUCUGGGAUUUUCUGCGUGAGCCUUACUGGUCUGAAGUGGUCUCCAAGAAAAUUCAGAUGAAACUCAGCAAAAUACGGUUGCCUUACUUCAUGAAUGAGCUAACCCUGAAAGAACUGGACAUGGGUGUGGCCACACCUAAGAUCCUUCGAGCAUCCAGUCCUUCUGUUGACUACAAAGGUCUGUGGUUUGACUUGGACAUUUCCUACAGUGGGUCCUUCCUGAUGACCCUUGAAACCAAGAUGAAUCUGAUUCGCCUGGGCAAGGAAGGAGAAAGAAGUUCAGGCGAAGAUGGAUAUAGACCUCGAACUUACUGCCUGGCUGAUAGUGAUGAGGAGUCUUCCAGUGCAGGCUCCUCAGAUGAGGAAGAUGCCUCCGAGCAAUCAAAUGAAACCAGUGGAGCAGAAGGUUUGGUCGGAGGCCACAAACCCAGCAAGAUCAUGCGCUUUGUCGACAAGAUUGCCAAGUCCAAAUACUUCCAGAAAGCCACAGAGACAGAGUUCAUCAAAAAGAAGAUGGAGGUGGUCUCCAAUACACCACUUCUCCUCACUGUUGAAGUACAAGAGCUCCAAGGAACACUUGCUGUCAAUAUACCACCCCCACCAACUGACAGGAUUUGGUAUGGCUUUAGGAAGCCCCCUCACUUGGUACUGAAGGCACGACCUAAACUGGGAGAAAGAGAAGUCACUCUGGCUCAUGUCACUGACUGGAUCGAGAAAAAACUGGACCAAGAGUUUCAGAAAGUUUUUGUCAUGCCAAACAUGGACGAUUUGUGGCUGACCCUCAUGCAUUCAGCCAUGGACCAACGCACUGUGGUCUGACCAUCAGCUCGGCCCACAAGUCACCCACAGCCUUACCGCACCAGCUCGCCACAAAGAACGUCUGUUUCCCACAAUGGACGUUGGAGCCAAAGUGUGUCAAUGAACAACAUAAAUAUAGGCCAAUAUGAGAGGUAAUCAAAUAAGGUACUCAAGAAGACACUAAAGAGAAUGUAUAAUUUGCUGCUCUACUCUAACCGUUGUCUUAACAGUACAACGCAAUUGAUUAUGAAGGAUGUAAAUAUAAGGGCUUGGUGUUACCUUGUGGGCGAUUCAUGAAGUGCAUUAUGUCCUGCGGUCAAAGAAGCAUUUACUAGAAACCUUAAGGCCUGCACACAUAACACAACUCUGCUGAGGCCGCAGAAAGCGAGAGCACGGCAGGUGUCGAGGGUUACUAAUAUGUACGCAGGUAAAAGUUUUGAUUGUUGAUGAUCAGUAUUCAUAACUGAAUCCAUGUUUGUAUGGAAAUGAUGCUCAAAAGCACAUUAGUUACAAAUAUUAUAAUUUAUUAUUACUUACAUUCCAUACACAUACCAGUCCCUCCAGUAAUUUUCCAUGAUGCAAUUAGAACAAAUUCAACCAAUGUCCGCGAAUGAUGCGAAGUGUCGCAAGUUUGUCCAUUAGUCUAAUAUCCCUGCACAUUUUUAAAAAUCUAAUUUGUCUCUGAGCGGCACUCAUGCGCAAAUCCGCUGUCUUUCAAAACGUACGUUUGUCUUUGGUGCAGGUACAACUACAUAUAACAAUAAAUCAACUUAUAUUGAUCAAACUACAAUAUUUCUCAGACUCCUGCAUAGUUUAGACCUAUUCCUGUGUCUACAUCACCUAGCCUUUUGAGUAAUGUACAGUACAGGCCAAAAGUUUGGACACACCUCCUCCUUCAAUGUGUUUUCUUUAUUUUUAUAACUAUUUACAUUGUAGAUUGUCACUGAAGGCAUCAAAAAACUAUGAAUGAACACAUGUACUUAACAAAACAGUAAAAUAACUGAAAACAUGGUUAAUAGUCUUGUUACUUCAAAAUAGCCCUUUACUGUAAUUACUUUUUCGCACACUCUUGGCAUUCUCUCGAUGAGCUUCAUGAGGCAGUCACCUGGAAGGGUUUUCACACCACAGGUGUGCUUGAAGCUCAUGGAGAGAAUGCCAAGAGUGUGCAAAGCAGUAAUCAGAGAAAAUGUGGCUAUUUUGAAUAAACUAGAACAUAUACCGUAUUUUUCGGAGUAUAAGUCGCACCUGCCGAAAAUGCAUAAUAAAGAAGGAAAAAAACACUGGGGUAUAAGUCACAUUUUUGGGGGAAAUGUAUUUGAUAAAAUGCAACACCAAGAAUAGACAUUUGAAAGGCAAUUUAAAAUAAAUAAAGAAUAGUGAACAACAGGCUGAAUAAGUGUACGUUAUAUGAGGCAUAAAUAACCAACUGAGAAGGUGCCUGGUAUGUUAAAAUAACAUAUUAUGGUAAGAUUCAUUCAAAUAAUUAUAACUAAUAGAACAUGCUAUACGUUUGCCAAACAAUCUGUCACUCCUAAUCGAUAAAUCCCAUGAAAUCUUAUACGACUAGUCUCUUACGUGAAUGAGCUACAUAAUAUUAUUUGAUAUUUUACGGUAAUGUGUUGUUAAUUUCACACAUAAGUCGCUCCUAAGUAUAAGUCGCACUCCCGGCCAAACUAUGAAAAAAACUGUGAGUUAUAGUCCGAAAAAUACGGCAACAUGUUUUCAGUUAUAACUCCACAUGUUCAUUCAUUGUUGUGAUGCCUUCAGUGACAAUCUACAAUUUUAGUCAUGAAAAUAAAGAAAACCCGUUGAAUGAGAAGGUGUGUCCAAACUUUUGGCUUGAACUGUAUAUCAAAAAUAUGUCAUAGUUUGCAUGUAUUAAUACAUUAAUUUAACAUGUAUUUAUCCAGGGUAAAGCAAUUAUGAACAUAUUCUCAUUUGCAAUGCUGACCUUGUAUAGAGGCAUCAUUUAAUCUCAUUACCAAUAAAGGUUACUGCUAUAAAUGGCACAAAGGUCACAAAGACUCUUAACCUAAAUGUGUUGGAACAUGCUUUCAUUUUGAAGAUGGACAAACACUUUUUAGGCAUAAAACAUAAACGGAGAAUGUCUGGAACCUGUAGACAACAGUGCAGACAGCCGUCAAUAAGGAACUUUGGUGGCGUUUCCAUCUGUAAUUAUGUAUAAUUAUUACUAUCAAUAAAUAUAAAUAAUUAAAACAGGGAUUUGACAACGAGCUCUGAGUAUGUGCUUUUACUACCAUAGUUUCUGCUUAUAAGCUUGUGCAGUGUAAAACGAGUAAAACAUCAAUACAGUACCGUAUUUAGUUUUCACAUUUUUAUUGAAAUCCUUAAGUUUAAAAGGAAAACUUGAAACAUUGAUGACAAAGUCAUUAAAUUGCAGGGCGAUUCAAUAUUUCUGAAAAUACAUCAGCCUGCAUCACAACUUUUCUAUCUGAAAAAGCUGAUGAAAAUGUAGCUAUUUUAGGCGGCGACAAUCACAAAAGAAGCUAAAGAAAUCCUGGAGGGACUGACAUUACAGUACAGGCUAAAAAGUUUGGACAUACUUUCUCAUUCUUUAUUUUCAUGACUAUUUACAUUGUAGGUUGUCACUGAAGGCAUCAAAACUAACACAUGUGGAGUUAUGUACUUAACAAAAAAAAAGGUGAAAUAACUGAAAACAUGUUUUAUAUUCAAGUUUCUUCAAAAUAGCCACCCUUUGCUCUGAUUAAUUUUUUGCACACUCUUGGCCUUCUCUGGAUGAGGUUCAAGAGGUAGUCACCUGAAAUGGUUUUCACCUCCCAGCUGUAAUAGUUUUGAUGCCUUCAGUGACAAUCUACAAUAGUCUUGAAAAUAGAGAAAAGGCAUUAAAAUAAAAAGGCGUGUCCAAACUUUUGACCUGUACUGUACGUGAACACACUAAGUGCAAUGAUAGAAGUGCUGCAAUGACUAAUGAAUGAAAUGUAUAAAGCAAUCAUAAGCAACUGUUGAGAAGUGAUGAACGGGGAUGUAUGUGUGGAUGCUUCUGGUCAUUGAAUGUAUCGUAUGAACAAUUUCUGCCUAUUUACAGUUUAAUAUGGGUAUGCAAAUUGCUGCACAAAGUGAUGAAUGACAUUUUUCCUUUUUAAUAUUCUUGCGGUAAACACUUAAACAACAUGCGAGUGUAAUUCUUCCCCCAAACAUGCUGUGCAAUGAACAGUAAUGGCCUUUACUUGAUUUGAACAGAGAUUGAACGCCAAGACGAUGAUGAACCUUUAGAUGUUGCUACUGAAUACUUUUCCGUAUUUGUACGGAAAAUACUCUCCAAGGUACGUAAGGCAAAGCCUCGCUUCCAAAGGAUUAUAUUUUCAACAAUUAUACUUCAAAUGGUGACUAGCCAAAGACUUCAAACUUGUCUGGGUAUAAACCAACCAAAGUCCUGAAUGGGCGAUCACAAGGGGCCACUCUUGUCUCUACGGUACACGUUCUUGAAAAUGUGAUGUGCUAAAUACAAUCUACUGCUAAAACGUUCCAUUGUUUACAGGAAUAAUACAACCUUGUGGGAAGGAUUCUAAUGUGCUGGAACACAAUAGAUAUUUUUGAUUUGAUUGUGUUUCCCAAUAAGCCUUAGCAUAUUGUAAGUGUUUUUUUUACAGCUUGUAUUUUUGUCUACUUUGGAAUGGAUCGAGGACUUUUCGGGCAAAUGAAGAUUGCGUCAUGAUUCAUAUAAAUUGUCUUACGUCAAUUAUUACUAGCGUCAAAAAUGUGCAAUUUUAUGGCCAAAGUAAGUGAUUGUGUAUCUGCCUUAUUUGUGGUCAAAAUAAAGCUAAAUCAAUGAAUGUG